UUUAUAUAUCUGAUUACAAAGAUUCAGAAAUGGAACUCGAAGACACUGAAAGAAAAGACUCUGACACAAGAUUUACGAUCUAUACUUCAUUUGGAUAUGGAACAGUUGAAGAUGAGAAAAUAGUUGAACAACUAAGCAACAAAAAGUAUAUAAAAGUUAAGAAAGACAAAAAGAAGCAGUUUGAGGCCAAAGAUGCUCGCGCCAUUGACAUGCUUGCAAGAAUGGAGAGAAGGGCUAAAAGAAAGAAGAAAAAGAUUGUAAAAGAGAAAAAGGAAAGGAAGAAGAAAGUGAGCAAUUCUCUAUUCGAAGAAAUGAAAAGGAGCGAGGAGGCUGAGGAAAAUAAACUCGCUGAGUACCAGCCACCUGAAGUCGAAAUAGUGCAAAGUGAUAACAUGUUCGAAAUAAAUCCAGAAGACCAAAAAUCUGAGAAAAAUAAAAUCAGUCUUGCUGAAAUCGUAGAGGUUGAUGAAAAGGAGCAUCUUGAAGAAGCUAAGCACCCACAACCUGAAGAGGACAAUAAGGAAGAAGUCCCCAAAGAACAACAGGAAGAUAACAAAGAAGAUAGCAAAGAAAAAGCCCAAGAUGUUAAGGACUCACCUAAAGAAGAUGAAAAGGAAGAUAGCAAAGCCGAGCCUGAACAAAACAAGCAAGAAGAGAAUGAGAAGCAACCUGAAGAAGAUGAGAAGAAGCCUGAAGAUUCCCAAAAAGAAGUUCCUGAAGAGGAUAAGAAGCAGCAACCUGAGAAAGACAAGGAAGAGAGUCCUCCAGAAGACGAAAAGAAAGAGAGUCUUCCAGAAGAGAAGAAAGAGAGUCUUCCAGAAGACGAAAAGAAAGAGAGUCUUCCAGAAGAAAAUAAGAAGGAAAGUCCACCAGAAGAAGACAAAAAGGAACAGCCUAAAGAAGACUCUAAAAAGGAACAACCUGAAGAAGAUAAAAAGGAUGAAAAUCCAGCUGCCAACAAUGAAGCUCAGCCUGGAGAGGAACAACCUCAAGAGUCCAAUGCAGAAAGCCCUCCUGAUGAAGUACAAGAGGAUUCUAAAAAGCCAGAAGCAGAAGAUAAGAAGGAGGAUUCUGGUGACAAGAAAGAGGACCAACAAGAAGUUCCUAAAGAGGAUGAAAAGAAGCAAGAAAAUGAAGAAGAUGAAAAGAAAGAGGAAAAGGAAGAAGAUCAAAAGAACGAAGAAGACUCUAAGAAGGAAGACAAAGAGGAUCAAAAACAGCCUGAAAAGGAAGAAGAUGAAAAGAAGCCUGAAAAAGAAGAGGACAAAAAAGAAUCAUCAGAUAGUAAAGAAGACUCUAAAAAGGCAGGAGAUGAUGAAGGAGAGGAAGGAAAUCCAGAGAGUAAUGAAGCAGAUUCUUCAGACAAAAAGGGUUCUUCAAAGAAACUAGUUAAGGCAGAGCAGAAGAAGCUUUCUGCUAAGAACCCAUUUGAGAGGAAACCUUCUGAAUCUAAAAAGCCAAAGGAAGAUCCUCCAAAAUCUGAUAGUGAAUAUGAAGAAGUAACUGAUCCUGAAUUUGAUGCUUUCAACUCUGAUGAUUCUGCUGAGAAGUCCAGGAUUGUAUCUGUCAACUUUAAUUGGGGAGGCGAAGGUAGACUCACUAAAAAGCAAAUUAAGAUCAAGAUCAGGAUCUUUGUGAAAACCUUCUUCGGGAAUCGGACCAAGCAUGAAGUAGUUGUUGGGAUUAAUGAUAGAGUAGAGAGCUUAGUCGACAAACUUAAUACUAAUGAUGAACUAAGUUGCUUCCAUGUUAUCAAGUUCAUUUAUCCAAUGGGAAGAGUCAAACAUUUGUCAAUGAGUGACACCUUUGCUAAUCAGAACAUCCCAGAAGGUGCCUGACUAGUCAUGAUUGGUAAGAAAGACUUUCACUGGGAUAUGGCAAUGAAAGGAAGGAACAUUAUAAUAUACAAUCAACUAACUGCUAACAAGAAGCAUGAGACCACUCAUGAAACGAUCUUAGCUAAUGUUGGCUUUGACUCAGGGACCCAUUACUGGGAAAUUACCAUUGACUCUUUUGUUGACCUAGAUGAUAUUUGUGUUGGCGUUGCCAAAGGAAAUGUCAAUCUAUACACUCCUGCAACAGAGACUGGGUGCUUCUGGGGAUGGGUUGCAACUGGAGAGAAAAAGUUUGAGCCAACCUCAGAGGGUAGACAGAUCAGUAGAUUCGGAGAGCCAUGCAAAAUAGGAGACAUAGUUGGAGUUCUUCUCCAAUUCGAUAAUGGAUUUGCAUCUCUUUCUUUCUACAGGAACAAAGUAUUUAUCGGAAACGCCUUUGAUAACAUUCCACCAGGGACUCUCUAUCCAGCAGUGUGAUUAUAUUACGGAGAAGUGCAAGUAACUUUAAACCCUACUGUUAAAAGACCGUAAAGGGUU